AUGUUUUUCCUCUUCUCAGUUCUUGGCACGAAUAAUGCGGAGAAGAAGUCUUCUGGUGACGCUGACAUGGUCAAACAUCUGUUAGCUGAGAAAGAUCGGGACCUGGAAUUGGCAGCUCGAAUUGGACAAGCCCUCCUUAAGCGAAACCAUCUGUUGACGGAACAGAAUGAAGCACUAGAAGAACAGUUAGGACAGACUCUAGAUCGAGUUAACCAGCUGCAGCACGAGCUGUCAAAGAAGGAUGACCUGCUUCGCGUGGUUUCCAUCGCUUCCGAGGAGAGCGAAACAGAUUCCAGCUGUUCCACGCCACUUCGGUUCAACGAGUCUUUCAAUGUAUCACACGAUCUGUUGCAGCUGGAUGUCUUGCAGGAGAAACUCAGAGAGCUGGAAGAGGAGAACCUUGCUCUCCGAUCGAAGGCUUGCCAUCUGAAGACAGAAACCAUUACCUACGAAGAGAAGGAACAGCAGCUGGUUAAUGACUGUGUCAGAGAGCUCCGGCAAACAAAUGCUCAAAUUUCCAGAAUAACGGAGGAGUUGUCAGAGAAGAGUGAGGAGUUGGUUCGCUACCAGGAAGAAAUCUCAUCCCUGUUGUCUCAGAUUGUUGAUCUUCAGCAUAAACUCAAAGAACAUGUGAUUGAAAAAGAGGAGCUGAAACUUCACUUACAAGCUUCCAAAGAUGCUCAGAGGCAACUGACAGCAGAGCUACAUGAGUUGCAGGAUCGGAAUGCAGAGUGUCUGGGGAUGCUGCACGAAUCACAAGAAGAAGUGAAGUCGCUGCGCAGCAGAGCCAGCUCUGUCGCUUGUCUCUGCCACCUCCAGUCAUGCAGAGCAUUUCCUCUGGAUUCCCUUGCAGCAGAAAUUGAAGGGACAAUGUGGAAGGAAUUGAGUCAGGGUGAUGAAUCUGUUCUUUCCAAGCGGAAGGGUCAACAGAAACGAGUGUUUGACACCGUCAGAGUUGCUAACAUCGCUCGUGGCCACGACUCCUCCUUUCCUGCCCCGCUGCCAAUCCCCGGAUCUAAUCAGUCCAGUGUUGUUAUGACAGCAAAGCCCUUCCAGUCUGGCGUGCCCCAGCUGGAGAGCCACACACGGAUGACCCAGAGGAGCAAAUCUGAGAAGAGUUUGAAAGACAAUCAGAACCCUGGCCCGCCAGGAACCCCUGAAGACAGUGACUUAGUCACAGCUCUGCACAGACUCUCCCUCCGUCGUCAGAACUACCUGAAUGAGAAGCAGUUCUUUGAGGAGGAAUGGGAGCGAAAAAUGCAUUUGCUGGCUGAGCAGGAAGAAGAGGCUAGUGGCUGUAGCACACCGGCAGAGAGCUGUUUUUCCCUGGGUACAAACUCAGAAUUUCCCGAUCUCUCUGCCAGCUCAAGUAAUCUCCGUGUCCUCCUACCAGAAAAACUGCAAAUUGUCAAACCCAUUGAAGGAUCUCAGACCCUUUUUCACUGGCAGCAGCUUGCUCGACCAAACCUAGGCACCAUUCUUGACCCAAGACCGGGUGUUGUGACAAAAGGUUUUACUCCUCUGUCUGGUGAUACUGUCUACCACAUCUCCGGCUUGGAGGAGGAUGAUGAGGAAGAAGCUGAAGGAGGUGUGACAUUUCAAGUGCAGCAGUCUUCCCUGGAGGAGAAGAAGCGUACAGCGGCAAAGCCAGCGGCAGGGAUUUUCCUGCCACCUGUUACUUCAGCAGCGGUACCACUCACCGCCUUGAAUCCAGGGAAGUGUCUGUCUUCCACAAAUUCCACAUUUACAUUUACUACCUGUAGGAUCCUUCACCCAUCUGAUGUCACUCAAGUUACUCCCAGCUCCGUGGGUGCCCCGUUUUCACUUAAGAAUGCUGGCAGCAGUCUUGGAAAUGCCGCAGUGAGCACUCCGGCCGUUUCUUACAGGCUUAGCGUUGGAGAAUUUCUAACCAACAGAAGAGAUGCAACAACUACUUUGAGCAGCACAAGCGGUCUGCCGAAACUUCUGCAAGAACAAGGCAUCUCUGCCAAGGUUUAUGAUAGCCCUGGAUUGGAAAAACUGCCUUUGCUACAGCCCCCUCGAACUCUCCCCGUUCCUUCUACUCCACCAAAUUCUCCCUCACAUUCACCUUGUCCUUCCCCUCCGCUGUUUGAACCUCGAGCGCAUCACUCAGAAACUUUCCUGGCUUCUCGACCAGCAGAAACGUUCUUGCAAGAAAUGUACGGCCUGAAGCCCUCGCGCAAAGCUCCGGACGUCGGCCAGCUGAAGAUGAACCUGGUGGAGAGACUGAAGAGGCUGGGUAUUGCCAGGGUGGUCAAGUUCCCUGAUGCACAGGACCACGGGAAGAAUCAGGGGCCAGAGGUUAGCUUGCAGAGGCAGGACUCAGCCGUGUUUUUAAAUGCAGGUAGCAACUUAAUGGCGGGGCUGAGGAGAAACCAGAGUCUUCCAGCCAUGAUUGGAGCAUUGGGAGCUCCAGUUUGCACACAGUCCUCAAAAAUGGGUACCUUAAAGGAGAACUGA